AUGCAUCAUUCAUCCCAACAACAACAGGGAAAUAACGCAAACACAAAUUCUACUAAUUCAACUAACAAUAAUCCAUCCCCAUCAUGUGAUGAUCGGACAUGUUCAAAUGCUAAAUGUGCCGUAUGUUUGCACUGUUCACAACAAUAUUGCUUUAUCCAUUUUCUUAAACAUAAUGAACAAUUAUCGUUGAAUGCUGAAAAUUUUACAUUAUCCAUUGAUCAUUUAGAUGAUCAAUUAAAGAAUAUGUCCAUUGAUGAAUCAUUGCGAAAAACUAUUCAUCUUCUUGAUCAAUGGCGAAAAAAUUUAAUUAAAACAAUCGACUAUGUUUAUCAAGAAAAAUUGACAUCGAUUAAACAAAAUUAUAUUCGUUUAACGAAUUAUUUAAAACAAUUUCAGUUUGAACAAACAUCACAUAUUCAAACAGUACGUCAUGAUUUAGAACAAAUGAAAUUUAUUCGUCAUACAUAUGAUAGAGAGAUGAGAAAAAUUCAAGCAACUAUUGAACAGAUACGACAAAACUGUAAAGAAUUAAAAUAUGAUUUGGUAUUAAAAGAACGUCAAAUACCAAAUAUUUAUGAUUCAAUUGAAUGCGAAAUUAUAUGGAAAAGACGUUCAGCUAAUAGUAAUAAUAAUAAUACAAAUAGUAACAACGAAGAAAAUAUGGAUGAUGAAAAUGGAAAUAGUGAAGGACUAGUAUCUGGCAAUGAGGAAGAAGAAGAGGAAGAAUACUUUAUGAAUUCAAAUGAUGGUGGUAUACAUGGAAUUAGUCCAUCAGCGCGAAUCAAAACUGAAUUAUUAGAUUCUGAUUGUGUUGAACUUGAUAAUGAUAUACUUGAUAGUCGGUAUAAUAAUACCACUACGACAACAACCACCUCUUCAUCAUCACCAAGUCCAACAUCGUAUGAAAAUUGUUUAUUAUCAUUUCUUAUUGAUCCUCCCCAUAUGAAUAUUAACGAUAGUUCAACACCCUUACCAAUGAUUCCUGGCACUCUAGCUCAGCCACCAACAGCAUCAUCGUAUGAUAAUAAAAUAACUCGUGGCGGCGGUGACUCUUAUCAUGAUUCUGGUUAUCAUCGACCAAUCCCACAUCAUCACCAUUCAAUUCAAUCAUCAUUACCAUCAUUAUUACCGAUUAAAAAGCAACAACAACAACAACCACAACCAAGAAUUAAACAUUCAACAACAGCAAAUGGAAAUUCAUUACAAUUACAAAAUAAAAAACGUCGUAUUUGUAUGAGUUGUGGAAAAUUUUAUCAUCCAAGUAGUUUGCAACGACAUUUUCGUCAAUGUAAACGUUUGUCAAUGAUGAGACAACAACAACAACAACGAGAAGAAGAUGUACAUAAAACACCGUCAUCAGCAUUAGCUAAUACUCAAACAACGUAUAAAGCUAUUGUUGUUCCACCAACAACUGUUCCAGACAUAGCAUCGUCAUCGACAACAACAACGACACCUCCGUCAACAACGCCAACGAAUAAUAAUCAGAACACAUUUUCAACAUAUGAAAUUUCAAGCAAUAACCAAUAA